ACGAGCACUAAAUGGAGAUAGCAUUUUUGAAGGCAUUGAAUUGAGAUUAGUUAAUAUGUUGUCAAAGAAAUAUAAUUUCACAACCGACUAUAAAGAAGCAACAGAAAUUACUCAAGUGGGAUCUGCAGAGGCAGUAACGCGAAUCGUGGAGAAGAAAAAAGCAAACAUAGGAAUUAGUGGAAUGUAUAUAACUCAGGACAAACUAAAUAGAGUAGGAGUGUCACAAUGGCACUCAAGCGAUUGCGCAGCUUUUGUAUCUCUAUCGUCAACUGCACUUCCUAGAUAUAGAGCUAUUAUGGGUCCAUUUCAGUGGACAGUAUGGCUCACGCUGAUUAUCACUUAUUUAUUAGCAAUAUUCGCUCUGACAUAUUCCGACAAGCACACGCUGAGGCAUUUACUGAAGAAUCCUGAGGAAAUUGAAAACAUGUUCUGGUAUGUUUUUGGUACGUUUACGAAUUGUUUCACGUUCACCGGUAAAGCGUCUUGGAGCAAAGCGAAUAAGCUAACUACGAAGAUACUGAUUGGAUUUUACUGGCUUUUCACCAUCAUUAUUACAGCUUGUUACACCGGGUCGAUAAUUGCCUUCGUGACAUUACCAGUUAGUCCAACCACCAUGGAUAGUGUUAGCCAGUUAUUAAGCGGAAGCUAUCAGAUAGGCAUAUUAGGUUUGUCCGGAGAUAAUACUAAUUUAUUUUGCUACAUUAUAUCAUACUCCAGACAUCACCAGAAGAUGGCAAAUGAGGUUUUGCCAAAAUGUUGUGAGAAUAACUUUAUGAGGAUAAAAUACACAGAACACGGAGUGAAACCCGAGAAAAAAGCUCAUCAUACUUAUACAGUAAGUAAAAGAUCUAUGUUGCACAUAAGUUCUCAGUGCUUUGCACUUUUCAAUGUGGCAUUAGUUUUUCCAAAAAGGUCAGUUUACGGCGAAAUUCUCAACCAAGGAAUACAGUCAAUUAUCCAAACAGGUCUUCUGAGCAAAAUGAAAUCAGAUGUCGAGUGGGAAAUUAUGAGGAGUCCAACAGGAAAAUUGCUUGCAGCCAACUCCAGGACAACUGGUCUCAAAAUUCUUAGUUACGAAGAUAGAGCUUUGACGCUAGAAGACACCCAAGGAAUGUUCUUACUCCUGGGUGCUGGAUUUUUAAUUGGAGCUGCUGCUUUAACAUCAGAGUGGUUUGGAGGUUGCUUGAAAUUAUUCAAAAGAAAAUCUAGACCUAGCACCGAUUCAUCUAUAGCAAGCAAUCCUAGAAUACAGACUGGACGAAAUCGUAGAAACUGAAUACAAAUUUCUAAUUAAUCCUGAACGGAAGGUCAUUAACAAUAGUG